AUGGCCAAAGGCGGCGGUAAAAACAACGGCGGGGUCCAAAACAGGGCAAUCUACUCCCGCGUCUCCUUCCUCCAGCAAGCCGCCGUUUUUCUAUCCCGGCAGUCUCAGUCACAACACCAGCAACAACAACAAUCACUCCCGUCUUCCACAUCCUCAGCCUUGGCUCCCCUUGUUCCACUACCAACGCCUCUAGAAGGCAUGUCCCGCCGUCUAGCCACCGACCUCCGCUCCGUGUCCCUCAAGACCCGAAUCCGUCUCAGUCCCGCCGUCAAGCGGACCAUCUGCAAGUACUGCGACUCGCUUCUUAUUGACGGGUCAACAUGCACAGCCUUCAUUGAGAACAGGAGCAAGGGCGGGCGCAAGCCGUGGGCAGAUAUUUUGGUAAGGAGAUGUCAUGCGUGCAAGAAGGAGAGGAGGUAUCCAAUUGAGGCGAAGAGGACGAAGCGGAAGACGGAACGUGGGAUAUCGGAAGAAGACGCGGCUGGCGGGGAUGCUAUGGAAGUCGAUGGCCCUCCUGUUGCUGGAAAGGGGAAGGGCCAGAAGCAACAGGGCCAGAAGCAGAAGCAGAAACAGCCGCAGGGUCAGACGGAGGUGGAAGUAGGGGAACAGAAAGGGUGA